AAAAAAAUAAAUAAAUAAAAAAAAAUAAAAAAAAAAAGAAAAAUGUGGAAAAAUGUUGAUCACAUAAUAUCGUUUAAGUUAAAAUUCUUUCAAUUGUUGUAAUCUCGAUCGAAUACGUGUUGUGAAUGAAAAAUACAUAUAUACGUGCCUGCCCGUAUGCUCACAUAGAUUAUAUUGUAUUGUUUGAUUCAAAAAUUUGUAAUAAAAUUGCUCACAAUCGAUCGUGAUAUGAAAAGAAAGAAAAAAAAUAAAUAAGACAGGGAAAGAGAAAUUGAUGAGACAUCAAUAGUUAUUUGGAAGGAUAAGAAUAGUCGGAGAAAAUUCGAAAGGAUUCAAUUUCGAUACCGCAUAAUAAAGCGAUGGAAACGAAAGUCAAUGUCGAGUUUAAGCAAUGAAUGUAUAUGUAUGUACGUACGUAGUGGAAAGUAAGUAAGUAACGUAACGGAGGAUAAGACGGUUCGUAAAUGAGAAGCAUCGAGUGGAUUACCGGUCAGUUCGAAACCGAGAAAUUAAAUACAUACAUAUAUAUGUUGCCUAUUAUUGAUUUGAAUAUUUACGUAAAUACGGAAUGAACGAUAUUUAAAAUAUGUAAGAGACGAUAAUAUUGAUCGAUUAAAUUAAUCAGAAGAUAAGGAAGAAGAAAAGGGAUAAAAGAAUCGAUCUUAUCCCCUGGAUUUUAUAACAGACAAUGAGAAAAUCAUGAUGAUAGGUAUAAUUAUACUGUAAUUAUAAGUGUCCCUGUUGAUCAGUGUCUAUCAAAAUUAGCCCAGUUAUAGUACAACGACCGUUCUCCGAUGAUUAUAUCAUCUCGAUGAAACAAACAACGUGUCCGUCAUAAAUCGAAGGUUCAGGAAUAAUCAAUCGAUCAUUAGUUUAUCCGAGAAAACUUCUCCGUGUAUCAGGAGAAGAGGAAAAAAAGAUGGAACGAAAACGGAGAAUACUGGCACUAGUUGGAUUAAUAUUAUUUCUCAAGUGUGCGGAUGGCGAAAACGGUGACAACAAGGACAAUAACGAACAUUUUUUCUCUCAUCAUCGACAAAAAAGAUUACUUUGGAUAACUAAUGAUGGUCGAAUUGCUUUACCGCCAGGCACGAUAAUGACAAUAACUCCAACAUUGGCAUUACCAUUUGUCAGAUAUCCUCCCUAUGGUUUUCUCAGCAACAUGACUAUCAGUCUUCCUUUUACUAUCGAUUUCGACAAACUUGGUUUAACCGACAAUGAAAAUCCUUAUGGCGUUUUACCAUCGGCAUUUGAUACUACUGCGAGAGAACAAGGAUCGAAUGCCGCGGAAUUUAUCGCGAUGUUCGUAAAACGUGGAAUCGGUAAAAGAGAGGCGAUUCAAGAUCUACCAAAAAAUAUAUUUUAUGGAGGUGAAAGAGCUCUUUUGUAUGGUACCGCCGAGGAUAUGCUCGGAAAUUUUGGUUUAAAUGGAAAAGCUUGUUUAUUAAGGGCUAUAUGCGAAGUACAAGGACAUCCUUUGAAUAAUUUCGGUUUGAUCGGAGAAAUGCUCAAACUAUUUUUCACUGCUAGUAAAUCACCAUUUUCAAAUCUUUUGAAAGAAUAUGUUGAAGCUGAAAAUAGAGGCAAGUUUCAUGGAGAGUGUUGGCCUUAUUUUAAAGAUUGUCCAAAAUCGUUAUUUCGUUUGCCAGAGAAUAAAUAUAUAAAAGAUGCUUUUCAUGAAGAUAUUGUAACUACCGAAGAUGAGAUAGAGCAAAAAAAUCGAUAUUUUCCUUCCAUUUUGUCAAUGGACCGAAUACGGAAAGAAAAUCAAUUUUCUGAAAAUAUUAAACAUACGAUACGAUUAAUGUAAAUAAAUCGUUUGAAGCCAGAUAAUAUACUACUUACUAUAUGUAUAUACAUAUAUAUAUAUAUCUUAGAAUGAAUGAUACAAAUAAACAAAGGGCAAUUAAAAUCAUUAAGAAUCAUAAAAAAAUUAUAUAUAAAGAUAAAUUAAGAAUCAAAAGUUUUUAAACUUGAUUUACAUACUCGAAAAUAAAAAAGUUUUUUCUAUAUUUUUCUAUAUUUUUUUCUAUAUUAAAUAGAAUCACUCUUAUAUUAUAGAAUCACUCUUAUAUAAUAGAAUCACUCUUAUAUUAUAAUAUUAUUUUUAAGAUCCUAUAUAUUUAAAUCGAAGAAAAAUUUUUGUAAUAAUGUUAUGCACAUAUUCUAUUUUUCUUCAAACGCGUAAAUAAUAUAUACAUUUUUUAUGUAUAUAUUUUUCCUUGAUUAAAAAAGAUCAUUUUUAAUCAUUUAAAAUCAUUUGACCACUAUUACCGCUUAUAAUUAUGAAAAUCUGAAAAUUGGAAAGAAAAUGGGCUUUUUGGUCUUGAUGAAAAAUCAAAUAAUCGCAUUUUACGCUUUAUUUGAAGCUUUAUUGGCCUCCAUUGAAUAUAUCUAAUCAUGUGGCCAACAUCAUGUGUAUACACGUACACUUUUUACGCCAUAUUAUAUCUAGUAAUUUAUGUAUUUAUGUCGUUUUAUAUUAUAUUAUAAAAAUGUAAUUGUCAACUACUAAAAAUUAUAUAAAUCGAUGGAAUUUAUAUUCCAAUCUUUUUUUAUUCUAGCAAUAUAUGUUGAAAUGAA